AUAAACACACGCACGUGCCGUGCUCUGUACGUACAUACUACACUGCUCUUCAACGAGAAAAACAAGAACAAGUUUCUCGUAAAUUUGGCAGAUAAAACACCAGUUAGUCAUCAGAUUUCGAACUUUGCUGAAACAACUUGCUCUUGUGGGUAUUUUAGGCCAGGUUUUUGUCUUGAAACACGUUGGUUUGUAGAGUUGGCGGCCACUGCUUUGGUUGUGAAAAAUAUCGUCUGCUAGGAGUUGCAUGCACAACGUAUACUGGUGCCAUUUUAAUGUCGCAAGUACUGUAAAUACGGCGAUUUGGUUUUAUCGAGUUUGCUGAAGAAUUGAUCUACAAGGCUCCGAAGCAACAAGCCAGUGGUGGACUCUAACUAUACGUGGAUUUCCUCGAACAUUUGUCAGAAUUUACUAGGAAUUUCUACCGUGUUCGGGCUUAUUGUUCAUCGUCGUUGCUCCAUAUUGCAUCUAUUUCAAAAUGGUGGUCAUUCCUCUUCAACGGUCUAUUCUUAAAAUUAGAGAGGAGGUUACAGAGAGGGACAUCGACCCUGCUGACAUUCCCUUCGGAAACCCUUCUCAGCUCUACCACCGUCAUCAUAACAAUCACACCGGUAAACACCUCAGCAAUGGCGGUAGUCUCUCAGGCUCAUCCUACACAUCGUCCAGCCACUCCAACAAGACGUACUCGGACUCCGAGUCAGACUCCUGCUUCUCAGAGGAGGAAGAUGACGGGGAGGACGACGCGCUGCACGGCAGGGAGUACCCGGUCCAUUACCGGCACUACUCGGAGAGCGUCACUUUAACGGAGAGGCCGGCCUACCAGAGACGGCACUAUGGCAUGGAAUGGGUCUUACAGGACCGGCGUCGCUUCCGCGAGGAGGUUCAGAUCAAACUGGGUGCCAAACCGACCACCAUGUACAGCACCACAACACAGUGUUUCAUCAAUAGUAAGUUCCGCUGGUACCGGGAUGCCGUGUACAUCAUGCCCGGGGCUGCCUCCUCGGCAGCGGCCCCGAAGAGGUUCACCACGACGGUGUUCAUCUUUCCAAAGUUCCCGCGGCAGAAUGUUGUGAGCAGCUUGGAGCACCACACGGCCAAGACGAUCAAGUGGUACAAAGUAUCCAUGGAGCUUGAAGCUCGAGAUUUUGUCUCCAUUAAAUUGGUAAACCUGUCUUGAUUUAUGUAGUGAUUGGGGUGAAACUGUGAAAACAUUUCUUUCUCAAAGAGAGAGAUAGACAUAAAGACAAUGUUGAACAAUUCGUGAGAUUCAAACGUACCGCCCAACGGAGGAUGAACCCCAAACGUCCGAGAUCAACCUCAUCCCCGUGGGUAUACCAUCUCGCAUUUAGCCGUAAUGGCCUGUACAACGGCACAGUGCCCAUGGGGACGAGGUCGGUGCGAGCUGCGAAUGCUGUCUGAACUCCUCAAUAUUGAGGAGCCGGUUGUGAACAAACUGUUACCUCACAGCAAUUCUUACUUUUAAACGUCUUCCGUAUAAACUCAAGGUUUUUUUUACGGCAUGUGCCGGUCAAAAAAAGAGACUUUUUGUCAGCAUUAUGAGAUGUGCUUUACUGUUUGUAUCUUUUCAAGUACGCAUUAUAGGUUUAUUAUGUGUGGGUUUUUUUCGCUGUCAAAAAUGUAUGUUACUCAUUGCUUGCUCAAACUGUCGAUUUCCCGUUCGUGCGAUAUCAGCUGUGUACCCUACCUAACUUGCUAUUACGGGGCAUGUUUCUGACUUCGGAACUUAAGCUAAAUAUUUGCAGUGUAGUAUCCGUGAGUAUUAUGCCAUUCCAAUGGGGAUUUUGUUGUUUUUAACGUCCUCUUGAUUUAAAUAAUAUUAACAUAAUGAGGUUGUGCGAAUUCCACACAACAAAGGCUUCUGCUUUUGUUAUGGAAGGGCGUGUAUUGCUUACUUGGACGAGAAAGUACAUUCAGUUUGCGUUUUUUGCAACAUAGCUGGAAGCUGUUUUGGUUGGGCAGAUAACCUUUGUUGCAAAGGCACCUCGAUCAACAGACUUCGGUAGAGAUUAAAUGUACACUGUACGUGUACGGCGCAUAGGGGUAAAAGGUACAGCUGUAGAAUUAUAAAGUGUAUGGUUUUUAUGAAUAUGAAUAUGCAGACAUCUGAAAACUAUGUAUUGUACGGUAUUUGGCGUUGUGUGGAAUUGUCCCCAAAUAACAAAUAUUUUGCCUGUCAGUUUAAUUUGUUCUUUCUUAAGGGUUGGUGGUGG